CGUUUCUCACAGAGUGAUGAUCUAUAUCGUGACUCAGCACUUCAGUUUGAAUCGGGUUAUUUUACUAUUAAUUGGCUUAUGGCCUUAUGAGUGUUCGAAAUUAGUUCAGCUUCAGAUAAUCUUGUGCUUUAGUAUUCUGAUUAGUAGUGUUGUGUAUCAAGUUGUCUCUUUCGUAUUAUUUUUUUGUAUGUAUGUGAUCGAAUACAACUCUUUUCGAGUUAACAGACACACUAUGAAAUGGUCAUUGGAGCAACUUCAGCGUAUCUGUAACGAGUUAAAAGACGAAAAAGAAAUCGAUAUCAUGAAGAAGUGCGGGGACUAUUCGAGACGUUAUACAACUCUAAUUAUGUGGCUUAAUGUGUGCAACAUAAUUGCUAUUAUUUUAUUUCCACUUGUGCUGUACAUUUUUGAUACUGUCCUCCGCAUAAAUGAAUAUCAUCUAACAAUAAAUCGCCUGAUACAGAUGCUUAUACCUAAGCACUUUGUCGGCCGAGAAAAUUAUAUGUAUAUAAUUAUCUUGCAUUCGGGCUCAACGAUUAUGAUAGGAGGGAUAAUACUGGUAGCAACCAUGACGAUGUGCGUAGCAUACAUUAAACAUGCUUGUGGCAUGUUUAGAAUCGCCAGUUAUCGCAUUGAGAAGGCAGUAGCAGUAAAUACGAUGAAAAAUGUUAGUUUGGAGAACGAGAUUAUAAUGUAUAGAGAGAUAAUUCAUGCCGUAGAUAUUCAUCGUAAAGCUAUAAAGGCUACCGCACUUUUCUUUUCUGGGUUCCAACGAUCGCGUUUCGUCUUAUUAAUAAUUGGAGUACUUACUUUAAGCCUGAAUCUUUAUGGAGUUAGUUUUUCUAACGUUAUUAGAUAUAUUUUCGGAUAA